GUUUAUAGAAUGGAUUGUGGUGGUUUUGCAUGGAGGCUCGACGUUAAAGCUGCUCUCAGUUUGGGUUUGGGACUUUGAUGAUGAUUUACCAAAAUUAAAGAAUAAAGGAGCUUUGUAGCUGUCGACUUUAUUUUCAGGUAUUUAGCAACAGUAACAAAAAUUGGAUAACAUUGCUACGUGGCAGUGAUUAAAGGAUUACUCAUUGUGCUCCAAACAAAAAAAAAAGGUCACUUUCACACAGAUGACAUCAAAAAUCUAGACCAAGAUCCACAUAGUCACAGGCCAACCACGCGUCCUCAUUUCACACCCACCAAUCACAUAAAGGAAUUUCAAAGAAUAAAGCCAUUUCCUUUCCGCUCUUCCACGCGUGUCCUCACUCUCUGUUAAUUCCCAACGCUGGCCAUCUCUACCUUUAUCCGUGUCUUUCACGCGCUCCUUCUUAGAAGAUGAUGGUUUUUUACCUCAUUUGUUUUGAAACUGAUUUAGUUGUUCUCUGCUAAUAGAAUAAAACCACGUGUUAUUAUAUCUCGAACCUUUCCAAAGGCUCUUUCCACUACGCUACGUCCGAGGUCAGAACACGUGUACACCUUCUUUCGGCAGUGCUGGACACCUUCUCGCUUCUGAUUGGUUGAUAGGUGGGACCAUACCCUGAGUUCAAUUACGCCGGAUUCCACCCCACUCUCUCCUAUUAUCAUCUAAUUUCUUUUUCUUUUUCUUUUUAAUAAUACUGACCAAUCGGGUCAAGUCGCUGUUCCCGGGCUAUAGUCGGGUAGCCACGUGUCCCUCUCUUACUUCCCACUCACUUAGAUUAUCGUCAAAACGCUCCAUCUCAAAGAAAAAGACUCUGAAUGAGAGAGAAAGAGAGAAGAGAAAAAAAAAACAGGUAUGGGAGCUAAUAAAGCUUUCUAGGUAUAUUUGCCCUAGGGUUGGUGGCGCACGAUAGGAUGAACGGUGGACCAGAGGGGUGGAGCAUGAUAAGAUGCGCUGGUGGUGCGCACGAUAAGUCAGUGAUGAACAGAAUAAUGCUUAGAUUCCGGCCGAUUGCACCGAAACCUUCGGGUUCGGGAUCGGACGGCACUGGUUUGGGAUCUGAUCAUAAUAAUAAUAGUAAGAUCAGCUCCCUUUAUUCUAAUGGAAUGAUUAGAAAGAAGAGAAAAUACGUUAGGGUUAGAAAUAGUGGUUACACGAGAAAGAAAAAGCCAGCCUCGAUAUCUCGUGAAAAUAACGAGAACAACAACAACAACAACAACAACAACAACGGUAGGUUUGAUGUUGAUGAUGAUCGUACGGUGAUGACGCUGCAACUUUUGCCAGAGAAGAUUGAUCUGAACCGUUCAGAUCUCAUCAGUAAUAAUAACAGUAGUAGUUAUUUUGUGGAGAAUCAUGAGGACCUACCCAUGUGGAAAAGAUCAGAUCAAAGCUACGGUGAGUCAGAUCGAAGCAGGGGUACUAAUGGUUUGGUGGUUCACACUUGGGUGACGGUUGAGUGCGUGACAGGCACAUGCAUGGUCGACGAUAAUCGUGAUUUUGGGAGCAGUUAUAGUGGUACGGACAUGGAGAGUGUGAAGAGGAAUCUGGAGAAGGACACGUGUCCUGGUUUUAUAUCGGACGGUUCAAACAGCGUGUUGUGGGUGAACGCAGCUUUUAAAAGGAUGGUUGUGAGGGAAGAAGGUGAGAAUAAUAAUAAUGACGGGCUGUUACCGGAGAUAAGGGUAGUUUUGGUAAUUAAGGAGAAGUUACCGUCCUUUUAUUCGAGUCUGACUGGACACGUUAAGCUGCAUUAUUAUUAUUAUUAUGAGAAUGAGAAGAACAAGUACUCACGAGUAAUAGUUCCUUGUGAUUUGUGGAGAAUGGACGGUGGAGGAUUUGCAUGGAGGCUCGACGUUGAAGCUGCCCUCACUUUGGGCCGUUGAUCUUUUAUAAUAUCUUUUAAUUAUAAAGAUCUUCCAUCUCUUAAGUUUUAUCUACAAUGAGAACGAAAUUCAGGUUUUCUCAAAGAGGAGACUUAAUAAUUAAAUAUCAUGAUGAUGAGGGAUUUCGAAGAAAUUAUUGAUCGAACUUUGAAGAUCAAUCUUGUAAGUGUAGAUAUAUUAUUAUAAAUGUAUACAUAUAUAAUAUUAUGAAAAUUAAGUUAUUAUAGCUAAGCCAGCUAAGAUUGUGGAAGCAAAUAACAGCAGAAUGAUCAGCUAGGGUUGAACUAGUACGAACGUACUCAUCAAGUUUAAUUUGAAGGUUUUUUUUUUUUUUUUUUUUUUUUUUAUGUGGAUUAUAUAAGUACCAAGAUUUAAUUAAUUAGUGAUCUGGUACAAUUAUAAUCACAGGCUCUGUAAGGGCGUCUUGAAAAAUCUAUAUGUACGUACGUACGUACUGAAUUACUUUGUAUUAUAUAGAUGUGUAAGAUGUCAUGAAGUGUGUAUUAUUAUUAUGUAUCACUUUUGCUCUAUA